AUGACUCUGCCACAGGACUACCGUGCUGUGAUUCUAAAUGGAACUGGAAUGAAAAAUGUAACCAUUGGCAAAAAGACUCUCGAUGCAACUCUUUCACCUGGCCAAAUUCUUGUUAAAGUCACUGUUCGGCCAAUCAAUCCGUCGGAUGUCUUUUCAAUUCUCGGAGUUUAUCCAGGCUUCCAACCCCCCAAUGCGUUCAAAGAUUCGACUCCAGGACUCGAAGGAUGCGGUGUUGUCGCUGCUAUUGGGGAAGGCGUCUCUCACGUAAAAGUUGGCCAACGUGUCGUCCCAAUCUUCGCAGAGGCCAUUAGUGGAAACGGUUCCUUCCAAGAAUACGUCAAGGUCACCAACGUCGUGCCCAUUCCGGACGAUGUCUCCGAUGAAUCAGCUGCUCAACUCAUAGUCAACCCAAUGACGGUCGUUGGAAUGCUAGAAUAUCUCCAUGUACCUAAAGGUGAAUGGGUUGUUCAAACUGCAUCAAACUCGGUCUUAGGAAGACAAAUGAUUCAAGUUUGCAAGCAUCGCGGAAUCAAAACCGUAAACCUGAUUCGUCGGGAGGAACAAAAAGCUGAAUUGAUGUCUCUGGGAGCCGACGCUGUGGUUGUGACGGCUGACUUGGAGCCAGGAGCAGUCGCUGCUGCAAUUCUUGCUGCAACAGGUGGGAGUCGACCGUUCGGUGCUGUCGAUGCUGUUGGGGGUAAUACUACAUUGGCUCUAUCUGAUGCGGUCCGGGAUAAGGGAGUGAUAUUGGUUUAUGGUCUACAAGGCGGUGUAGUUUUCCAAGCUUCUGGUCCAGCUUGUCUCUUCCGGGGAGUUACGGUUACAGGAUAUUGGCUUGCAACACACAUUAUGGCGAUGAAGGAGGACGUUGUUGCAAAGUUCAUGGGUAUUAUGGUACCACUUUCGGGUGAAAAGUUCGAUUUGGCAGACGUAAUGGCUGCCAUCAAAGCGAGUCAACUACCUGGACGGGGAGGAAAGGUUGCAGUGUUGCUGGUUAAUACAUGCGUCUUCUUGAAUCCAUUCUCUGACCUGUUGGCAUCCCGCGAGGGACAUGGUUUUCUUCAAACAUCAAACGUGGACAACAAUGAUGACGAUUUGGUGCCAAGCUCCAACUGGACAAUACCAAUAUUUCGACUUGGUGUGUUGAACGUUGACUCCAAUUUCGAGCAACUAUGGGACGAUGAUACAGAGUUCAAAACCCGAUUGCAGAAUCCAAGAACGCAAUCAGAUGCUGCUCUCCUUGCCUCACUUUAUGGUGAAAAGAUACGACAUACGGCAAUACCUUCCAUCAUCCACCAAAUGUGGAAAGGAAACUGCUUUGACUCCGAUUCUUUACUCCAACAUGCAUCAAUAAGCUCGUGGCGGGACAGCAACCCUCAAGCAACACAUAUCCUUUGGACUGAUGAAGCCAUGGAUGAAUUCGUCAAGUCAUACUAUCCGCAGCUACUCAAAAGAUAUAGAGCGUUUCCACGAGUCGUAUUCCGGACUGACUUGGGACGUUUGCUGAUCCUUCAGACCUUUGGUGGCAUCUAUGCUGAUGCAGACACAACUAUUAUAAAACCUUUGAACGAGUGGGUAGUCGAAGGAACCACAGGCCUAGACUUCAAAAACACGAGCACCAAUGGAAUACCGACACUCCCCGACUCACCCUUCAAUAUGAUGGUCUCACUCGAAACCGAUGCUAGCAAAGCAAUCAUCGCAUCAGCACCGUAUCAUGCCGUCCUAGGAACCACCAUAAAUUUAAUAUUAGCUCGAUUGCAAAAGCUGAGGUCUUGGUCUGAUGAUGCUGCUGAUCCAGUAACGCUGACCGGGCCCGAGGUGUUUUCAUAUGGUAUUCGGUCGUAUUUGUCUGGAGCUGUGGAUGUCAAAUGGGCAGACUUACAUGGGCAAUUCUUCAAUCAAUCUCGAAGGUUGGCGGAUGUAUUAGUGUUUCCAACAGGUGUGUUUGGUAUACCAACCAAAGAUCUGGGAGGUGAUGCCCAAGAAGCAGCGGCUGUGAUAGGUGCUGAUUAUGAGUAUGUACAAAGGGAAAAGCUUGUAGAGCAUCAUUUUUCUCAUACUUGGAUAAAUUGA